AUGUCGAUCCCUAUGCUGUUCGCAAGAGGCACCAACUACGAAGUCGGUUUUCAAAUCGGGAGCGUGUUCAAAGAGAAAAUACAAGCUGGUACAUCUGAUGUUAUUGACGAGGUUCAAGAUAUUCUUCAGAAAUUUGGAGGCCAGCAGCUGUACGACAGAUACCUUAGUACAGCAAAGCAAGUUUACCCACAAUACGUUGAAGAAUUACAGGGCAUGGCAGACGGGUCCGGGGUAACGUUUGAUAAGUUGUUUCUCAAUCUGAUUUCCGUGGAAUUGUACAAUAUGGCACACUCUGCAUCAGUAGACGUUACCAGGGAUACAACAUCUGAAGGUUGCACCGAUCUUUCAAUUCAGACAGACGCCGAGGUUUUGAUGACGCACACAGAGGACACUUUUGGGAAAAUAAAAGAAGGAUUUCUGGUGAACUGUCAGAUUGUUAACCCAAUCACGCACCUUACAGAGGAACAUUUUGUGUCUUACUGCGACCCCGGUGUACUACCCUCCGAUACGUUCGGGUUUAACAUACAUGGAUUGGUAAUGACGGGAAACACUAUUUAUCAACGUUAUCUCCCAUGCGAUAGAAUUGCUCGUAGGCUGGUAAAUCGAGCGGUACUUGGUGCGAGCAGUUUACAGGAAGUCUGUGAUAUCCUCGCCAGAGAACCAGGCGUUGGCGCGGCAUUCAAUCUUAACUUAGGAUGUCUAGGAUCGGAUGGAUCAGAUCCUGAAAUAUACAGUAUUGAAUUUGCCAACGGAGAUGACGGUACACUUAUUGACGUGCAGAAAUUCGGAGGCUAUAAUUACAGGUCAAACACUAUGAAGCGUUUGACUGUCGAGUGUAAUUCGGCACUCGGCCCAGAACGUCGGGAAGCGAGAAUCACACAACUAGCAACUCCAAAGAAUGCACGUGAUCUACUGGAGAUAAUGAGUGACACAGCAGAUGCCGAAUACCCGAUAUAUAGAUCGACAACGCCCCCUGGAGUCGUGGAGACAGCGGCAGUAGUAUUAUUUGAUUUAAAGCGAGCGACGAUGUCGGUGUACAAAGGAAACCCAAAAGAAAACUGCUAUAUCCCUAUUGCCGUAUUACCGCUAAGAUUUCCCCCAAAUCCAGUUCCAGAUAUAUAA